AUGUCAUCAGCAAACGAUUCCUCUCCAGUUUCUUCAUCAGCUCGUCGUAAGCAACUGCUCCAAAAAACACAAGGUCUCGACAAUGAUAAGAAUUCACUCUCGGAUUCUUCAGAAAAUAACCUCCGUUCACGUUCCAAAGCUCAUCCAAUUUUUAAAACAAGUUCCAAUGCUUCAUCUUCUUCAUCUUCACCAUUGAAAAGUACAAAAUUAUUUUCACAACUUUUGAGUGAUCAAGAAUUUGGAGAUAAUCAUGUUUGGGUAUUGAGUUCUGAUUUAAAACCACAACAACAAGUUCAAAAUCAAUUAUUUCAAAUGGGAAAGUUGAUGGAAAGAAAUGGAAAUGUUGUCAAUGUUGAAUUGUUGAAUAUUUCUGAUCCUAAAAAGAAAAUUGCUCAGGUACCUGUGAUGGGUGUCAUGUUUAUGAAUCCUCCUGGAAUGUCCAAGUUGGAAGAUUUGACACAAUUGACUCAUGUUAAUGAACCUUGUAUUUUACAUCAUUUAAAAUCUAGAUUAGAAGAUAAUAGGAAUCCUUUGGUGUUUACUGAUUGUGGUGGAUUUGCAUCAAUCAUUUCAAAUUCUGUUAAUAAUUUACGAGAUGGAAAAAUUUCACAAAAAUUACCCAAUCAAGUUUUUAGCAAAUUGAAUUCAACAGGUGAAAAUCAAUCAAUUAUUCUACUUGGUGAUAGUAAUUCUGGAAAAUCAACUACUGUAAAAUUAUUAUUAGAUUCUUUUGGAGAAUUGACCAAUAGCAAGAUUGUCUCAAAGGCAAGUGAUGCUUUGAAAAUUAUUGAACUCUUUUCAAGUUCAUCAACUGAGCAAUCCAAGUAUAGUAGCAGAGUUUCUAAAAAAAUUGGUUUGCAAUUUACCAAUUCUUCACUCACUGGUGCUCAUUUCGAAUGUUUCAAUUUGGAAAUGAGUCGUGCAGUGGUGAGGGUGAUGGAAAAGAUUUCUGAGAAGGAAGGUAUUCCAGUCGAAGAGACUGACUACAAAUCUGGAUUUAUUAAUAAUUUCCAAGUGUUUUACCAAAUGUUGGCCGAUGAAAAAUUGAAAACCAAAUUCAAACUCACUCAAUUGUUGAAUAAGGAACUCGAACAAAAGACAAGUUUUUCAUCUGCUGUAGAAAAGCUCUUCCUCAAUGUUGGUUUUACUGAAACUAAUAUUGGAGAUGUUACCAAGAUUUUGUGCGCUCUUUUACAUUUAAAUAAUUGUGACUUUGUUGAAAAUGAAUCAAAUACCAGUGCAAUGACCAAGUUGAGUGAAAAUAGUUUUGCUUCAUUCUAUAGAGCUACAAGAUUGUUGGGUGUUGAUGAUAAGGAAUUAUUAUUCACAAUGAUAAAACCAACGGUUGCUGUUGGUGACAGCUUUGUUGAUACCUUUGUCAAUGCCAAGCAAGCUUCUCACUAUAGAGAUUUGAUGGUCAUGACUCUUUAUAAUGGAUUAUUCGAAUGGAUUGUAAAGAACAUUAAUGACAUGUUGAAGAAUCCAGAGUGCAAUAGAGAAAUUUCACUCAUCGAUAUUGGUACAGGAUUUGAAAGCAUUGCAACAGGUGUAGAUGCUCAAAGAGGUGUAAAAUACAAUGGUUUGGAACAAUUAUUGGUCAAUUAUGCAAAUGAAAGAUUCAAAGAAUUGAUUCACGACAAGUUAUUCAAUCAAGAACAAGAAAUUUACAAAUCAGAGAAUAUUGAUUGGAAACCAAUUGAUUUCUCUCCAUUCAACUCCAAAUCAAUUCUGUUGAGCACCAUUGAGGAUACCAAUGAUGGAGUUUUCACUAUUAUCAAGAAGGAAACUAACAGCAUGUACAAGGGAUCCGAUGAAGGAGCAAUAAUUCAAGAGCUCACAAAAAUGUUCUCUGGAAAAUCUGAACAAGUUAGCAAACUCUUCAAACCAAAUCUUGUUGAUAUGGAAUUCUCUUUAGGACAUUUCAAUGGCAAGGUCACUUAUAAGGUUAUUGAUUGGUUCCAACAGGCAGUGUAUCCAAUCAGCUCCAUUCCUCAACAAUCCAAAGAAUUCUUAGCCAAAAACUCAAAGAAUACCAUUGUUCAAACAGUUUACUCUGAAUUAUUGCAAGGUUCCAAUUCUGUAGAGUUUGCCUCCGACAUCUAUGUGAAAAAUGUUGAACUCCUAUUGAAACACAUUUCCUCCACCAAGUAUACCUAUCCAGUCAUUUGCAUUCGUAACAGCAGUGCUGGUAGCUCUCUUGCUUUCAAUGACAAACUUGUCCAAAAACAAGUUAGAAAUUAUGGAAUUUUGGAAAUGAUUAAAUUGGCUAGAAAGGGCUAUUCAUCAAAGUUUACAUUUGAAAAAUUUGUGGAGAGAUUUUCAUCACUUGUUUCUUCAUCAAAACUUGGAAAGGAUGCCAAACAAAAUACCCUUACCAUUUUAGAAGAACACAAAUUGCAAGAAAAGUCUGAUUACAAAAUUGGUAAUUCAUUACUUUUCCUCAAAGGAUCUCAAGAAGCAAUGUUGAGUGCUUUAUUAAAAUAA